AGAAAGGAGGGCAAGGUCUGCCUCCUGUUCAUAAUCAUAGAAGCUUGGGCAGUGGCCAGAACCGAAUGAGGUAAAGCUAGAAAACAAAGAAUAACAAUUAAUAAAUUCCAGCUGUGCUGUUAUUCACAAAAGAUCUGCGGUGAGCUACCUUCGAUGGACCUCUCUAUAGGUACUGCGCUCUUCUUGAUUUUCUCCAGCUACCUCUCGGAUGCAAAAACCCGAAACUAUACAAUUGAACUCUCAGUGCCAAAUGGAGGGCCAUGCGGUAAAUGGGGACCCAUAGAAUUCUGUCGCAAAGGGUAUGCAAAUGGAUUCACAUUGAAGGUAGACCCAUGGGAACGUUUUCAAGUAUUUAAAGAUGAUACAUCUCUGAAUGGCAUCCGCCUCAUUUGCACGGAUGGCUCAGAAAUUCAAUCUGCUGUUGGACCGUUGGGGAAGUGGACAAAGACUGAGACUUGUCCUGAGGGCAGUCUAAUCUCAUUUUCUCUGAGAGUACAAGAAGAACGAGGAAUUCUUUUGGAUGACACAUCAGCUGACAAUAUCAGGUUCAGCUGUGAACAUGGGGCUGUCCUGACAGGUCAUUCAAAUGACUGGGGUACUUUUGGCCCAUGGAGUGCAAUCUGUCCUCAAGGUGCCAUAUGUGGAAUUCGGACCAAAGUGGAACCUCAGAUGGAAAAAGGCGACAACACAGCACUUAACGAUGUGAAGUUCUACUGCUGCGACUGAACCAUGUGGGUUUCACCCGACAAUAGCUCAGUUCCCUGUGC